CGUUGUCACAUCUUCGGAAUCGGAGAGGAAAAAUCUACUCUUUGUAAUUUAAAGAAAGCCACGUGCUUUAUCUUCGUUUACUCACACAUACAGUCUGUGCAUCGCGGCGCAUGCUCAAGAAGCGCGUCUAGCUCGAAAUUAGAGAAAAGACGGAAUCCCCAUCAUCGUGGUGUUUUCGCUCGAAAUCGACUCGGUGGGUUGCAAACUGCCUGAACGACUCUGUAGUAUGUAUAAAUCUCGUGCAGUAUGAGGAGUCGCUCAGCAUUGACUCGUUGUCGUAAUUUGCUUCGAACCCGACCGUUCUGUGGAGAACCUGUCUUGUUAAUAGAACCAUUACGUUUUUCGUCCUGAUACAAAUGAAAAAACUGGAAAAUUAGAAGACAGUAUAAAAGUGGCUAGUCUAUUGAAAACUGAGAGAAGCAACCUAGUUGAGUCUGACCGAUGUUGCACAUUAAAUCCUUAUUUUCGUAGUCAUAGAACAAUUUUUUGUAUAGGUUUGAUGCCGUCAAGACGGAGUGAAUUAUGAUUUGUUCAGAAGAUACACACCUUCGAAGGAUCAGAUGUGGUUGGUUUACGCGGACUAUCAUCCUUUCCUAUAAGUUUUGACGGUUCGACACGGCUUGCGCCCGCAUGUCGCUUGUUGCAAAGUACGUAAGAAUAGCACAACGUGUAAGGACCAUAGGCAACGACGAUAUUUUGACAAACAUCUACACUGGAAUGUGCACGAAUUAUUCCAAGGACAUAGCGUAAGAAUAUGUAUAUGAAACGGAGAAGUUAGGAACUUGCACGGAGUCUAGUUUUCUUGCUGCAAGAGAAACAUCUUCGACGCAGGAAAUUUAUCGACUGCUCGGAUGGAAGCGUUGUGUGACACACUUGGUGCAACACCAUUUUGGCUUUGCGGGUAUCUGGUUGAAGCCGUGGUGACCAGUUCGAAAUCGAUUUCCCCAUCUUUCCAAACGUUAAUGACGUUAAGUUGCGUGGUUCCGUCGUGUGGCGCCUCUCAUUCUGAUUGUGCACUUCGUCAUCGCUUGUUGUACUGGAGCUUCUCCUUUUCAUGCUGAUUUCGACGCGCGUUUUCUAUGAGCCUGGUGGACAUUGAGAAAGCGCAGUUGAUCUAAUCUGAUGCACUCGAGGGUGGCCUAUUCAAUGUGAAGGAACUGACGACUACUCCUACUACAGGUGAGCGCUCCUCAGGCAGACGGAGAUUUUCUCCUACUCAGGGUUGGGAGCUGCAACAAGGCGACGCGAACAAGCGCAGAAACACAAAACGCGCCUGCUUUGGUGCUGAAUGACAGGGGAAAUUAUAGUAGAGCAUCACGCUGGAGGACCCUAUCGCGACCACCUCUUUCGAAGGGAAACUAAGGGAGACCGCAGUCAAAAUACCUCGUGGGGCAGAAGAAAAACAAGAAAAACAGAAGAAUGAAUACACAGCAGAAAUAUAAUCAAAAGGAUAGAGAACAGGGAAGUAGGUAGCGAAAAUUUUUUAAGGACAAGUUUACGCACUAGAGCCCGAUAGCGUAGGGACAAUUUGAUCGGCGUAGAACUGACGGCGAAACCUGUCUCGUCGUGGAGGCUAAAACUAGUACGAUGGAGAUUAUGGGAGAACAGUGAGGAGAGCAAGAAGUACCCACUGAAGAACCGAAAACAGUCUGCCGUGUUUGUGGUGAAUUGGUUAGUAGAUCAUCGAUCUUCGUUUGCCUUUGCUGUCAGCUUCAUUAACAUCAAGAUGCCGGCGACACGCAUCCCUCCGGGAGUGUCGGACUGGGAGCAGAAGCGGGCGAACCAGUGGAAUUUGCUACGGAAGAAGGAUAGCGAGCCGUGGUUCCGGGCGACCUGGGCUCGCAAGCAGCGCGAUGAGACGUACAAUCUGCUACAAAAUUUCGAGUACGAGCAAGGCACCAGUCUUUACCCGCCACCGAGAGGCGAGGAAAAUCCGGUCGCCAAGGCAACGCAAUUUUUGAAGCAAAUAGUGGACGAAGGCAAGGCGCUGCAUCCGCCGCCAGAAGUGCAACUGUACUACUCUUUUGUCCAUUCUCAGAUUCAAAGUAUUCAUCCUGGAGAUCAUCUUCUACGGUCUAUAAGACUACCCUUCUGCAAUUGCAGGGUAUCAGCUGUGUAAAUAUGAGAAUGUAUAUAGCUUGCUACUUCCUUCCUCCGGAGCUGAAGCUACUACUACAAAUCAAAACUACAACCUACCUUACUCCGAUAUCGAAACCUGAACAGCAUUGAGUAUGGAGCUGCUUCGACGCGAGGAAAGUCGAGGAUAACGCAGAUAAUCGAGAAAAAGGCAUACGACGAGUACAAUGCAGAGUCACAUGAAGCGGGAAAUUUCUCAUUUGCUUUAAAUCCGCAGGAGCAGCAUUUCAUCCAAGAAGAGGCACGUGCCAACUUCGAGCCAGCUGUUACAAUUAUGAAACAGAAUAGGAUAUUGAUACAAGAAACAACUGAAUCAGCGGUUUUCUGUGGAUGGAUCGACGAAUAUUUAGAAUAGAUCAAUUUAUUGUCCCUGUUCAAAACUGAGCAGUUUGUUAGGCACUUCGUAUGUGUCUUUCAUAGUGAAGUCUAGCUUCGAUUUUGCUAACAACCGGUAAGAGCAUGGGUCGUCGAGAAGUACUUCGCAAUAUGUAUGAUCAUAGCAUGUUUUUUUCUCAUGCGGAAGACCGAUUUGUUUGAAAUCUGUUUGUCUUCAUUUGGUGCGACGGGAAAUACGCCUGCUACUCGCCUUUCGGGCGGCGAGACCCUUACCCGAAUGCGCAAGCCGAACCUUUGGAUUACGAGGUAACGCCAGCGCGAAAGAAGCCGGCAACCUUCCUCUGCGCGUAUGGACGCGGCAUCAACACGCAUCUGCAGGACCCUAUAUUACGAGCGCCGCAGCCUCUGGCGUACAGAAAAACGUCUGCGACGUACUAUCCCGACAAGAAGCAAGUGCCGCAGUGGCACAUCGAUGGUGUGCCGGCGAAAAGCUUCUACCCUAAGAGACCGCACACAAGUACAGAAGCUUACAUACUUGGCUGGGAUCUGUAUCUCACCACAUUUGUUAGUCCCACGUGCUGAACGACCUUUCUUUGAGUGAUAAUUUUUCACCAGAAGAUGAGUGAUUGAACUUCGAACGCCUCAGUUACGAGCUUAGGACGAUGUUGGGAAAAAUCAUUCCGCAGGUUCUGGCGUCCGAUCUACGAACGCCCAUUCGUCGCGGUCACGGUACGUCAACCGCGAGCUUGCGCGGACGUCAGCCUUCCUGCGAGAUGACCGAUAUAUCAAUCGAAAAGAGUACACCAAGCGGCACCAGAUUGAGGAGGGAGAAGAUCUGAUAAAUCCCGGUUGGAGCGACUGCUAAGACUCCUCUCAAUGUGAUUAUUCAGUUGAUAAGAGUAGAAAGCUGACUUACUUUGUCAUCUCGACAGAAUGUUGUCUUCUUGGCAAACAAAGAGUACGUUCCUAGUAGUGCUAACUAGCUUGUUGUCUGAAGGUUCCUUGAUACACGACUUCUAGUUUCAUCUUACCUGAGGAUCAGGCGCACUCUCAGGUGUUGUCGUAUGUAGUAUGCCUUCUACAUCCUAGGAGAGGAGGGAGUCGGCGACGUCUCUCUAAUUUUAGAUGCGAAGCGAGGAGCCAUACACAGAGCCGCAGAAGCAUGCUCUAGCCAUACUUGUAGCGAUAAAGCGAAAAGCCGCGCGGAUGAAGCAACGUGUGCGGGACGUUUUUGCUAUAUAUUGCGACAGAAAAGACGGUAAAAGUUUGUUCUGAUCAUUGUCCGCAAAGAGCACGUGAGGAUGAAAGUACAAAGAUUUGUUUAAGUUGUCGAACACUAGGACAGACCAAUGGUAAUGUGCGCUGCGGUUUAAAGAACUUUUGGGUGCCAUCGAAUUAAUUUUGAGAAUUAUUGGAAAAAUGAGCAGCACAUUGUUCUACACUAGAGCUGCAUAGGGGAAACUAAAACAGGUGCGCUGAACGGUGUACUUCCUUUGGAGCAUUUUUUGUAUGCUCUUCAAGAGGCGAAGGUAAUCCCAUGGCAGUCGCUUUCGUUGGAGCACCUGGCACGAGCUUGCCGAGAACUUGACCCCGAGUUUAAGGGCUACGUUUCUGUUGAGCACAUUCGAAGGGUGAUCAACCACAUGCCGUCAGACGUUCUCCAGCGUCUGCGUCGGAGCAUAGCCGCCGAAGAGAGCGAUAGAGAAGUAGAGACCCGAAUCACCAUAAGUGGAGGACAACUAGCAGAGGGAUCUAGAAGAGGUAGGCAGACUCAGAGCGCCACCGACCUGCACACAACGAGGAGGAGUGAGGACGCAGAGACUCGAAUCGACCACCAGGAGCCACUUCGUCGUAGCAUGUCUGCAGCAGGUACUCGCCUCUCUCGGCAGGGCUUUCGGGCCGAAGAGGAUCAUGAUUUACGAGAAAGAUAAUAGAUCUAGUUGUAGACUUCUCAUUUUGAAAGGGCUGGUAGAUGUAGACGACAACUGGCAAGAUGAUAGACAACGACCGUGUAAAUAAUGUCCCCUUUGAAGAUCCUAUAGUUGAAUCUGUUGCCUGCCGACCUCUACAAAAGUAACAGGCCUAGCGCCAUUCUGAAUUCCAUUUGCUUCUAAGCAGAGCAAUCGUUCCGUUCGAGGUGAAUUUCUCGAGGCGCAGGCACUUUAGCUAUCGUGGAUGGUUUCGUCCGACUUCACUCCAGACAUGGCGAGACUUUGUCGAGGAGCCCCCGGCGAGCCCCUCAGCAUUCGCCGUCGGGAGUCCAAAACACGGCGCCGCACUGAGUCCUCGCGUAGAUCGAGCGGCGUUGGAUCCUAUUGAAAGGGAAGCCAUGAAAAAGCUGUACGGUGCUCCUGUGUUGAAGCCCGGCGAGUAUCUUCGCAGCACUGACUCCUACCACGUGACAGAUGCCCGUCGCGCCAAUCCUUCGAAAAGAAAACCGAUCGGAGCGGCCUAGUCGAGGGAGUCGAUUCUCGUCAUAUUCGUUUUGCCUCUCUCUUUCCUUGGUGAUUGUCGUGUGGUCACUCACUUGUUCCCUUGAUCAUUGCUAGUAUAUCAAAAACGAAUGCAUUUACCAAAAAUUACCAUUACGUUGCCAAAAAAGUACUCGUUUCUCAUAAGCAAAGCAGGCUGUAUGAAGUACUUUUCUCAUAUCAAUCAAAACUGAUGAGCGGUCAUCUUCAAGCAGUGUCAGCAUGGAAGACUCAUGGCAUAGGCAUCCAAACCGAUUUGUACAUACGUGUCUUUGUCGGUUGAACACCCCCCCAAGCCAUAUUAUUUUCCUUCAUGGACCGUCGAUCAUCCACAUAAUACGACAUAUACACACCAUUCUUUCACCAAAAAACAUACAGGCUUGAGAAUACCAAUGUCGUGACACAUUACAAAUGGACCAUUUUGCUGUGCUUCAUAGUGUCCAAACUCCUCUCCCACAUUAGCGCAAGUCGCGCCAGUCUUGGUCACUUCG